UUCGAAUUUCUUCGGCAGCUAUCCGCCGAUCCAGACAACAUCGUCAUAGGGAUCGUCCGAAACGCCGAGGUAACCGAGCAGAAGGUCGACACCGAGCUGCAGCGGAAGAAUAUCCACGUCCUGCAAGCUGACCUUGAUGAUUUUGAUACGAUAGAGAAAGCUGUAAAUGCUGCAUCCGAAAUCACUGGUGGAAGCAUCGACUAUGUCAUUGCAAACGCGGCUUUCAUUUCAACCUGGUCGUCCUAUGAUGGCAUCAGCAUUCUGGGAGAGAAACCGAAGCGGCUAGAACAGGACUUGCUCGAUUCGUUCCGUACGAACGUCGUCGGUAAUGUUCAUCUCUUCAAUCUCGCACUGCCGCUCAUCCUAAGAGGCAAUGCGAAGAAAGUGGUCACGGUCUCAUCCGGGAUGGCGGACUUGGACUUCAUCUCCAAGUCAGGCAUCGAGGUCGGAGCCCCUUAUUCGAUCAGCAAAGCAGCUCUGAACACCGCUGUGGCCAAAUUCAGUGCGGAACACUCCCGUCAAGGCAUUCUUUUCUUCAGCAUAUCCCCCGGGGUGAUUGACACAGGGCUCUAUGACAACGCUACCGAGGAAGAAAAGAAGAAGGGAAUGGCAAUGCUUGGCAAGAUGGCAAACUACGCACCGCAUUUCACCGGCCCGUCGACUGCAGAGUCUUCGGUGAAAGAAAUGCUGUCAGUCAUCUACAAAGCCAGCAUAGAGGCUGGUUUUGGUGGAUCAUUCGUAUCUCAUCAUGGAAACAAAGAAUGGAUUUGA